UCCAUAGCUUUCUUCUGCAAAUUUCUGAAUUACAAUAGAAAAAUAACCACAAUAACAAUUUAUGUAAAUUCUUACAAACGCUGCCGUUUUAUUUACUGGGAUUAAAUAUAAAAUGUAUGGCCGCUGCUAUUUUCUGGUUACGGUAUACCUUGUGUCAGUUUCGCUUGAUUUCUCUGCUGCUGGUCGAUUUCGGACAAGUAACAGCAAUUUUUGCUUCUGGACCAGGUCUAUUUCAAAUGGACGCACACAUCAUAUGUUUCUUCAUCAGACUACAGCGGGCAAAGAGAGAUCCAUUACCUUAUUUGACAGCAUCUGGAACAAGCAAAACAACCUGGUGGAGUGUAUGACAAGCAACAACCAUGCUGCGAUUAAAGGCUUUUCAUGGAAGUGUUGGAAAGCUAGAGACAGGCCUUUCUCGGCCAACCCGGAUGGACGCUUUAACAUCAGUAUGUUGGUUAAACCCGAUGGCCCUUGUGUAGCUGUGGGACAUCCGCCAGAACUGAUAAUGCCUCUGCGUAGGACCAGAGACCUUGAAAGGAUGGACUAUCAAUCUAUUUACCAGAAGAGUGGGGACAGUUCCCAAAAGCUGCAGCGUUCAAAGCGGGCAUGGAUGAUCCCAGGGACGCUGUGGUGUGGCUCUGGGAACAAGGCAUCGGCUUUUUCAGACUUAGGUUUAUUUGAGGAGACUGAUAAGUGCUGUAGGGAGCAUGACCACUGUGACCAAACCAUUGCUUCCUUCGAGUUUGGCUACGGCAUUUUCAACACUAAUUUCUUCACUUUAUCACACUGUGACUGCGAUAUUAAAUUUCGCCACUGCCUUCAUAACACCAAUAAUAAGAUGUCUGACAUGGUAGGUUAUGGCUACUUCAACCUCCUCAAGAUGCAGUGCUUUGAAUUUUCACAGAGAAUGGAGUGUGCAGAAAGGACAUGGUGGGGCAUGUGUAAACACUCUCAGAUGUCCACAUAUGCUCUAGUGAGGGAUGCAAAUGAUUACAAUUCCACAUUCCCAAUAUUAGAAGAUGAUAAACUGGAUCUAACCAUCCAUCAGACAGUCUCUUUUGGGGAUCUUACUGUUACUAACGACUUAAUAAUGUCAUCUGACGUUGUCCCUGAAGAAACCAAUGACAAGCAUUCAUCGUUGUCUGUUCCGCAAAUGCUAUCUGUUACAGUUAAUACAUCUCAGGAGACUGAACUUUAUGGAAAAACAAUAGAAUCACUAAAGCCAAAUACAACAGACGCAUCAAAAACAACAGACUCACCAGACAUAAUAACAGACUCAGAGCACAGAGAAACAAGAGUCUCAUCACACAUCAAAACAACAGGCUCAUCAAAUACAACAGACUCACCAGACAUAAUAACAGACUCAGAGCACAGAGAAACAAGAGUCUCAUCACACAUCAAAACAACAGGCUCAUCAAAUACAACAGACUCACCAGACAUAAUAACAGACUCAGAGCACAGCCAAACAAGAGUCUCAUCACACAUCAAAACAACAGGCUCAUCAAAUACAACAGACUCACCAGACAUAAUAACAGACUCAGAGCACAGCCAAACAAGAGUCUCAUUACACAUCAAAACAACAGGCUCAUCAAAGGGACAAACAACAGAUGGUCCAAACACAGAAACAACAGACACAACAAAAACACCAAUUCCAGACUCAACAAACACACAAAUACCGGCCUCCUCAAUGAUACAAACAACAGACUCGCCAAUAAUAAAAACAACAGUCUCACUAAAGACACAGACAAGAUACACAAAGAGACCACAAACCAAUAUAACAGACUCAACAGAAGCAGAAACAACCUCCACACCACAGAUAAAGUUAAAAGACUCAUCAAAACCAAACACAGACUCACCGAAGUCAGAAACAAGACAAACAACAGACUCAACAACGCCACAAUCAACAAGCUCAGCAAAGAUGCACAUCCAUCCUCAGAUGGAAACCAGACCAAAAGGUAAACCGGACACAUGCGAGGGUUAUAAAGACCUGGACUCAUGCCGCUAUCAGAUACCAGCACUGCGAGAGAAAUAUGGCGUGCGCAAUUCUGAACACACCACCUUGUACCACUGCAACUGUACAGCCAGACUUGCCAGAGAGCUUGCUGAAGAGGAUGAAGUUGAUAAGGUCCAUUUCUGGCUGCUGGACUUUGUGUCCCCAUUCUGUUUCUUUCUGCCUACGAACUGCACUGGGAGUGAAAGUUGCUCCACCUCUUCUCAUAAUGACCCGCCUCUUAUCGAGCGCUGGAGCCACGGCGCGGCGGUUUGGCGACAUCUAGCGGCUCCCAGGCGCAAAUCCAAGCGAGUCAACUCCAAAAGGUCCAAGAGGAAAGACUCUCCAAUCAGAUUGCACAAAAAGUGUUUGAGGAUGCACUCCAGGCUCCAUCAAUCAACAGUUAAGGAAAUUAAGAAAAAAACAAACCCUGGAGUGACUGUGUAAUAAAUGAGCCCAAGGCUUCCAGCAGGCAUUCGUGCAUGCCCUUGUCGUAACUUGGAUACUGUGCAGUAUUAACGUAAAUGCAUCAUGUAAAUAUUAUGUGAACCAGAUUGUUGUAAAUGGUAGUACAGUGACUUAGUGGUUAGCACUGUUGCCUUGCAUCACCAGAGUCUGGGUUCGAUUCUUGUCUCGUGGUCUGUGUGGAUGGAGUUUGAAUGUUCUACCUGUGCUUAGUUGGUUUCCUCCGGGUACUCUGGUUUCUUCCCACAGUCCAAAAUUAUAGGUUAUUUAGGCUUCCAAAACUGCCCGGAUUGUGUGCAUGUGUGUGGCAUUUGAUGGAUUAGUGCCACACCCUGCCUUGUGCCCUAAGUGUCCUGGGAUGGGAUAGGCACCAUGUCCCCCACAACCAGGGACUGUAUAUAGGAUAAAGUGGUACAGUAUAAGAACGAUGAGUGAGUGAAUGAGGCAAAUAAAACCUCAGACUAACAACAUAUAACCUUUUUUCACAAUGCAAUUAUUUAUUAAACAAAAAUGGAACAAACAAAUAAAUAAAACGUGGGCAAUACUAAGUGCCUCCU